CGCAGGCGCAGGGAGCUUAUGGAGAUGAUGUCUGACCUCCGGUCCAUGGGUGCCGACGCGUUGAUCGCCUUACCAUCAGUAGUUGUAAUUGGUGGCCAAUCCGCGGGAAAAAGCUCGCUCGUCGAGGCCGUCAGUGGGAUCAACGUCCCAAGAGAUAGCGGAACGUGUACAAGAUGCCCUAUGGAAUGUAAUAUGUCCAGUGAUGCCACAUCGUGGUCCUGCACCAUCACCCUACGCAUUGGUUUCGAUAGUAACGGCCUAGACCUGCAAAAGCCUACUAAUGUUCGAUUUGGCCCAAAGAUUAUUGAUAGAAGUGAAUUCGAAGUUUGGCUGCGUCGUGCUCAGGCAGCCCUUUUGAACCCAAACGUUGCUUCUUCGACUUUCCACACAAAAACUGUCGAGGAACUCAGGAACAUCAAAAAUACACUGAAGUUUUCCCGCAAUGUGGUGUGCGUCUCAAUUGAAGACCCCGAUGCGACUGACCUGUCAUUCUAUGAUCUACCGGGCCUGAUACAAAACGAAGAAGCCGAAAUCGUCGCCUUGGUGAAAAGUUUGGCGGAACAUUAUACCGAGAAAAAAAACACUAUCAUACUGACCACGAUUCCUAUGAGCGAUGAUAUGGAAAAUCAACAAUCUAUGAGUCUUGCUAGGGCCGCAGACCCCAAUGGAAGGCGAACAAUUGGCAAUUCUUCAGGCGUACUUACGAAGCCCGACACGCUCGGUACCGGAGCUAUCAACCAGCGCCGCAAAUGGGUAGAAAUCAUUGAAGGUCGUUCGGAUGAUCACACACUGAGGCACGGUUUUUACUGCGUGCGUCUUCCUGAUGAUGCCGAACGUGCACUACGCCUGUCUCGUGCGGAAUCGCAAAGGCGUGCUGCCGAAUAUUUUGACACGACGUCGCCCUGGAAGGAUGUGACCGACCGUCAUCGGUUCGGAAUUCCGGGCUUUGUCUCCGAUGUAAGCCGACUGCUCAUUCGAUUGAUCGAAGACUCUUUACCGCAACUCAGAGAAGAUGUCGACACCCUCCUUGCCAAAUGUAUCAAGGACUGCAAUGAACUGCCCCCGCCACUAGAAAAUGACCCACAAAUCGAGGUUUUAGGAAGAGUUAAUGCGUUCUGCGAUGUCUUCAAGAGCUUUGCGAAUGGCAGUCACGAAGACAAACGUCUUGCGCAACGUAAUCGCGCUCUCUAUGCUAUUUUCAAGAGGGAUAUACGUGGCACUGCUCCGGACUUCAGGCCUUUCGAUGAACCGGAAGACUAUGUUCCAUUGGAUGAUACUGAGGAAAAAAUGACUCUAACUGAGCGAGACCCUGGCGUAAAAGUGAUGGGGAUAUAUGAUAUCCGUAGGGUCAUCCACGAGGCAAUUGGAUGGGAGCUUCCGAACAACGUGCCAUAUCAAGCGAAAGCAAACCUCAUUGCUGAAUUCACCAAACUCUGGGUCGCUCCGUCUGAGCGCUGUCUCGCUGGUAUCACCAAUGUGCUUGAUCAAAUCAUCGACACACUCAUCAGCACCCAUUUCGGACGCUUUAAAGUUCUCGAGGAAUAUUUUGGCAAUUUGAUUCGAAUUCAGGUUGAUCUCUGCAAGGCGCGCGCCAAAGACGCUGUCAAAACAGCCUUGGAACUGGAAACUACUGCUCCACAUUAUACUCAGAAUACGCACUAUCUUCAGGUACUCCGCGAAAAAUGGCUGGCUCAUUAUAAGACGGUUCGGACUAGACCUCUUCAGUACAAGGCUCCCGUCCAUCAAUUUGAGGAGGCCGAGGGACCCAUACCAUUCAAGAUCCCAGAAGCCCCAUACUGUGAUGAGGAGAAAAAGCCUGCUUCUUCUAAGAAGUCCAGCAAUGGGAUGUUUAAUACGCCCAACACCCCUGCCAAGCCAGAGACGCCCGAGGCCAAAGCAUUAAGGGCUCUUGCAGAAGCAGGGUAUGCAAGUCUUCGGGUUUCAGAUCUUGCACGAUUGUUACCUCCAGACUCAUUUGAGGCAGAGCUGGUUGUGAUGGCCGAUGUUCGAGCCUAUUAUCACGUUGCCUACAAGCGCAUCGUUGAUCAUAUUCCUUUCACGAUCGAGCAUGCUCUCCAUCAUACACUGGCAAAUCAACUUUCGCAGAGCCUCCUCACGAGCUUGUUGAUUGAUGCUGCGUCUGGGUCCAAUUUCUCUGAGCGUAUGAAAGAGUUGGUCAGCGAAGAUGCCUCCAUCGCUCAGAGACGAGUAAUGCUCUCGACGAGAAAACAACGCCUAUUAGACAUUCGCCGGAGACUAAUGACCUUCAGCAAUAGUGUUUGAUCAUUGU